UAUGGUAUCUCAGUUUAAGCUACCGUUGCUAUCAACUUUUGCAACUUCUGAAGAACUUUCCGAUAAGUCACGAUUUCAAUAUUUUUCACGACUGGUUCCUCCCGACUCUAUUGCAACUGAAGCCAUGACGCAGCUUAUGAUAGAGUUUGAGUGGAGCUAUAUUCAGUUACUAUACGCUGAAGGAUCAUAUGGAGAAAAUGCUGCUAAAGGGGUAGAGAAGAAUGCGAAGAAAAGAGGUAUAUGUAUAGGAUAUAGCUAUAGGCUUAAUGCUGACGAUUCAAACGACUAUGAAGCCAUUGCUAAAAAGCUUAUUGAGCACAAGAAAGCUAGAGUUAUAGCUAUGAUAGCAGGCAGUUACUAUAUGAGAAACAUUCUUACAGCUAUAGAAAAAAUAUCUAAAGGUGAGCAGUUUAUAUUUAUGGUCGUCGACUCAUUCGGCAGAAUAUCGAACUAUGAACAUCGCCAAAAUGGAACUUUACAAAUAAUCUAUGAUGGUGGCAUUGAUCAUGAUUUUGCCAAUUACAUGUACUCUCUUAAACCUCAACAAGCUAAACAUCAUUGGGAGAAACAAUUGUGGGAAAAAUUAGGGAGAUGUAAUUAUACACUUGACGCUACUGAUCCAACUUCUUGUUUAAAACAUUCAAAUUUUUCUAAUACAACGCUCUACCCAUAUUCUAGUUCGGCAGUGAAAUAUUCAGAUGGUGUAGAAGUAUACGCAAAAGCAAUUAAGGAUUUAAUAGAAUCCUCCUGUCCUGACGCCUUCAACAAUAAAUCACUUUUAAAGGUUAUCGAUCAGUUUUUUUAA